AUGCAAGAUGAUUUUGAAGAAUGGAUGAAAGCACUUGAAAAUAUCCUUGAAUCGAUUACAGAGCAAAACUUGGAACUCACGAAUCGAAGUGGGAGUCACGGUCAUUUAACAGAAGACGCGACGUGUUCACUUCACAACUUGAUUGUCUCAACAUCAAAAGAUGAUCGAUUUUGUGGAAUCGCUGAUCAAUUAGAAGAGAUAAUUCGAGACUGUGAAGCGGGUCCCAGCUCGGCGAGUCUUCUAGCGACACUUCUUGGCAAAGAACAUAUACAGGAAGUGCUUUGUGCCGCGGAUGAUAUCAGCUCUUCUCGAUAUUUCCCUAUCUUGCCAGAGAUCCCUUUUGAGGUUGACGAUGAUGAAGGACUGGCUGUGAAAAUUGUGAAAAUCAUACGACAAGAUGAGCCACUUGGUGCAACGAUAAAAAGUGACGAGAAUGGAAAAGUGACAAUUGCUAGAGUGAUAUCCGGCAGUGUUGUUGAUAGAACUGGGUGUAUAAUGGAAGGUGAUCAAGUUCUUGAAGUGAACGGGGUUCGAGUUGCCGGUUUGGAGCCAAGAGAAAUUCUUGGAUUACUUGAUCGAAACAAUAAAGGAAGUGUCACGUUCAAAUUGAUCCCUGGAGAUAAACGAAAGCAUUCACAUAGCACAGCAAGCAGUAUACAUCUCAGAGCAUUGUUUGAUUAUGAUGGGAAAAUGGAUUCACAAAGUCCUUGUCCAGAAGCAGCUCUUUCCUUCAAUAAAGGCGAUAUUUUGGAGCUUCUUGUUUGUAAUGAUAGACAAUGGUGGCAAGCUAGAAAUUUGGGCAAUGGAAGCUUAGCGACUGGAGAUGAUGAUAAGAAACAUGGCUUAAAGAAAGUUGGUUUGGUUCCAUCAGAGUCGAUGCUUGUUGAGAGAAUGACACCUGGUGUGAAUCGAAGUGGAACAUUGCCAAGGAUUUCUCGUAGUCGAGGAAAUGAGUCCGAUUCCGAUAUGCGUUACGAAUCAGUUGUACGGCUGAGACCCAGCGAUGAAACGAUUAGACCAAUUGUUCUAAUUGGUGCUUCUGGUGUUGGAAGAAAUGAGUUAAGAAGACGAUUGACUUUGGCUUUUCCAGACAAAUUCUCAACUACAAUUCCGCACACUUCAAGGCAACCACGACCGCAUGAACAACACGGUGUCGACUAUUAUUUUGUUCCAAAAAUCGAAAUGGAAAACAUGAUUCAUCGGGGUGAAAUGCUCGAGUUUGGGGAGUUCAAAGGAAACUAUUAUGGAACAGCAGUCUCAGCGGUGAGAAAAGCGACUCAAGUGGGCAUCCCACUCUUGACUCCACAUCCUCUUGCAUUGAAGGCUCUUCGAACAAAGGAGUUCAUGCCUAUCAUUAUUUUUAUUCAAUCACCGGACAAAGAAACGUUUGCGAAAACUCGAGCCGCUUUGCGAUCAAGGUGGUCAAGAGCAACGUCACAAGUAAGCAACUCGGCUUCAACAGUCGUCGGUGGACCGAGAGGGUUUACAGAGCUUGAAAUUGAACAAAUUAUUGUUGCCUCCGAUCAAUUGGAACGACAAAUCGCUCAUUUAUUCGAUGCUCGACUUGUGAAUUCGAGUCUCGAGACCUCAUUUGCUGCUCUCACUCGACUCAUUCACAAAUUUGAGUCUCAUCCUAGCUGGGUUCCACUAAACUGGGCGACACGCGAUCUCGAC